GCCACCACCAGUGCUCCUGCCGGGACGGGCUAUGGCAGAGCCGCCGCUCUACCCGGUGGCGGGGACCGUGGGUCCGCAGGGCGAUGAGGACCGGCUCGGGCUUCCCGACGGGUCCGAGGCCCCGCUGGACGAGCUGGUGGGCGCGUACCCCAACUACAACGAGGAGGAGGAGGAGCGCCGCUACUACCGCCGCAAGCGCCUGGGCGUGCUCAAGAACGUGCUGGCGGCCAGCGCGGGCGGCAUGCUCACCUACGGCGUCUACCUGGGUCUCCUGCAGAUGCAGCUGGUCCUGCACUAUGACGAGACCUACCGGGAGGUGAAGUACGGCAACAUGGGGCUGCCCGACAUCGACAGUAAGAUGCUCAUAGGCAUCAACGUGACACCCAUCGCAGCCCUCCUCUACACACCUGUGCUCAUCAGGUUUUUUGGCACCAAGUGGAUGAUGUUCCUGGGUGUGGGCAUCUAUGCCCUCUUCGUCUCUACCAACUACUGGGAACGCUAUUACACGCUUGUGCCCUCAGCCGUGGCCCUGGGCAUGGCCAUCGUGCCUCUUUGGGCCUCCAUGGGCAACUACAUCACCAGGAUGGCCCAGAAGUACUACGAGUACUCCCACUACAAGGAACGGGAUGAGCAGGGCCCCCAGCAGCGCCCACCGAGGGGCUCCCAUGCGCCCUACCUCCUGGUCUUCCAAGCCAUCUUCUAUGGCUUCUUCCAUCUGAGCUUCGCCUGCGCCCAGCUGCCCAUGAUCUACUUCCUGAAUCACUACCUGUACGACCUGAACCACACGCUGUUCAACGUGCACAGCUGCGGCACUAACAGCCAGGGCAUCCUCAGCGGCUUCAACAAGACGGUCCUCCGGACGCUGCCGCGGAGCCGAAACCUCAUCGUGGUGGAGAGCGUGCUCAUGGCGGUGGCCUUCCUGGCCAUGCUGCUGGUGCUGGGCUUGUGCGGCGCCGCGUACCGGCCCACCGAGGAGAUCGACCUGCGCAGUGUGGGCUGGGGCAACAUCUUCCAGCUGCCCUUCAAGCACGUGCGCGACUUCCGCUUGCGCCACCUCGUUCCUUUCUUCAUCUACAGCGGCUUUGAGGUCCUCUUUGCUUGCACUGGCCUCGCCCUGGGCUAUGGUGUGUGCUCCGUUGGGCUGGAACGCCUGGCCUACCUCCUCGUGGCUUAUAGCCUGGGCGCCUCGGCCUCCUCGGUCCUGGGCCUGCUAGGGCUGUGGCUGCCACGCCAGGUGCCCCUGGUGUCUGGGGCCGCACUGCACCUGCUGCUCACUCUCAGCCUCUUUUUCUGGGCCCCCAAACCUCGGGUCCUGCAACACAUCUGGAUCCUCUAUGUAGCAGCUGUGCUCUGGGGUGUGGGCAGUGCCCUCAACAAGACCGGGCUCACCACACUGCUGGGAAUCCUGUAUGAGGACAAAGAGAGGCAAGACUUCAUCUUCACCAUCUACCACUGGUGGCAGGCGGUGGCCAUCUUCAUUGUGUACCUGGGCUCCAGCCUGCCCAUGAAGGUUAAGCUGGCGGUGCUGCUGCUGACGCUGGUGGUGGCCACGCUCUCCUACCUGGCGAUGGAGCAGAAGCUGCGGCGCGGCGUGGCCCCGCGCCAGCCCCGCAUCCCGCGACCCCAGCACAAGGUGCGCGGCUACCGCUACCUGGAGGAGGACAAUUCCGACGAGAGCGACGCGGAGGGCGAGCGCGGCGGCGGCGCCGGUGGGGGCGGCCAGGGGGACGGCGCGGAGGAGGAGGCGCUGCCCUUGGGGGGCCGGCCUGGUCCCGAGCCAGCCGGCUUCUGCCGCCGGUCCUGCCCCUACGAACAGGCUCAGGAAGGCGAUGGGCCAGAGGAGAAGUGAGGGGCCCAGGCUCCUCGUCCGCCUCAGUUGACUGCGUUUCGGGUGGUGGGACCUUCUGAGUCCUGGGCCAUCUGCCCCUCCCCCCGUGCUUGGGAAUACCCCCUCCCAGAACCGGGGACCACCUGGAGCUUGGGCUCCGCGCUUCAGCCUUCUAGGUGGAGUGGGACCUGAGACCCCCGGCCAGGCCUAGGGUUUGAGGGCUCAGCUGACCACCCUGGAGGGGCCUCUCUCCUGACCCGCUCCCCAGGCCUGCAGCCCCCCAGCGGGAUGAGUCCCCUUGCGCACCCCUUCCCCCUGUCCUACCCAAGCCCUCAGCCACAGGCCUGGGUGGAGCCUGUCCUGCGCUUGGCACAUCCUAACCCGACAGCCCACUGAAGGGCACGACUUUUUAUAGAAAAUGGACAAUAAAGAGGUGUUUGU